AUCUGGUUGCUAUUUCAUUUUCUGCAAAAAAAGCCUAUUGCCGCACUGUACACUGUACAAAGCAAUCAAUGCACUGUUUUAUUUUAUACCCCAAGUUGGUCGUACUUCACAGAGCUUUGGGUAGACCUGCAGGGAACAUAAUCUCCGAAUUAAGAGUAGAACCUCUCUUUUGGCACUCUUGAAGCCUAAGCAGAAAGGCUGAGAGGGGUCUAGCUGGGACAAGAACUUCAGAGACUGGUGCGUGAGACGGGUCCAUCAAAACAUUCCACCCAUGGAGGAUUAAACGGGUAUCUAGCUGAAGAUUUAACCACUCCCUAACUUGCUCCUGAAGACCAAGUCCUCUUAAAGAUAUGCCGCUUUAAGUCACACUGCCGUUUUACUGUCACGUAAACUAAAUGCGCAAAACUAUUUAAUCUAGCUCUGCUUACUGUCACAGCUUUUCAAUUAACAUUUUGUACUACUAUUACAGAAGUUUAUUGUACCUGACAAGUGCGUAAACUUCAAUUAUCUUCUCUUACACCACUACAUAAAGAAUCUUGAAAUUAUGGUUAUGUUGCAAGCUAUGCCUGAUUUCGUGCGGUAGUGCUAAUCAUCUGUACAUAUAAUGGAAACUGCUAGAAUACCCUAGCAAACAUCAUUAAAGUAAACAAGGCAUUGUACGAAGCGGAGACAUAAAUCUAAAAGUUGGUUAGAAAGGAAAAUAUUUACAAAUCAUUGCAUCAGCAGAUCAAUGCUAAACGGAAGAUGUGGGCUUUUGUUUCUUUUUUGAAUAAACUUAAAAAAACGCAAAUGUAAAGUCUAACAGAGAGACAGAAAACUUAGUUAUUCAAUGGACGGAAAAAGCUAGCUGUUGUACAGGCAAUAGUGAAAUUGCAAUAGAUCAAGAGAAAUGCAAAGCAAAAAGUGCUAUUCUUCUGGGCAUUGUUAAUGAAAAUAUGUUACCAACUGCAUACGGAAACUUGCUGUGAUUAAACUAAGUAAAUAAACGCACCUUGAACUCAGCGUGUUUCUAGCAAAUGUUGCGAUAGGUACAUCUAAUAUCAGCCAAAGAAUGACAUAAAAACCAAAUAAGUGACGCUUGCUUGCCAUCCAGCGUAAUUCGGGAGAAUUGAUCGACCGAGUCAACUGUAUCAUUCGCUGCAAAAGUGGGAUGUUGGUUCAACUAGUCACCGAAUGAUUGCAAAAAAUCUGGGUGGUCCUAGCAUGCUACUUAUUAAGUAGAGUGAACCUGGAUUGAUAUUCUUUAAGACAUUAAGGUCAAACCGAAGAUUGGUGCUUAGAUUGAUGCAGUCGCAACAGGAGUGAAUUGAUGAAAAUUAUAAAUGGAUACAGUGUGAAUACUCGACCACUGAAGUAAAAAUUGAUUUAAUCAUGUUAAUGGAACAAUAUCGAUCGAUGAAAGGAGUCAAAGAUUAGUUCGCAUAUUGUCUGGUUUAAUAACAGAACUACUUGUUCAUGCUAAAAACAUCUUCAUCGCAAAAAUUGUUUUGAUACCUAAAGAUACACUUUUAAAUUCUUUAUUGACAGAAGAAUUGUUGAGAUUAUUCAGAUCUCUCGAUAUACAAAAGCGAUGGCCGAUCAUUCUCCUAAUUUGCAUUGAGAAUAUUGAGCUGCUAAACUGUGAAUCAUUAAGAAUAGAACGAACGAUGACACUAUGUAAUGUGAUAUCGAAGUUAAGUAGCUACUGCAGGUGCAAGGCUCUGCCCUACGAAGAGGUGUAACUGGUGUAAUUGCAAGGCAAACUACAACUUAACUGCUUUGUUUCGACUGCAAGUUACUUAAUAGUAAACGUCCUUUAUACGAGUCAUCAAAGGAAUUGUUUUGAAUAGAAAGUAGUAAUACAUGGCGUAAACCAAUCGCUUCUAGCUGUAAUCCCAUUUGUUGCGCGAACAAGACAUAGUGACACUCAGUGAUUUACUUAACAUCUGGCUUGCCAGCGACCGAUAUAAAAUUGCCUGUGAAUAAUUUAUACAUCGAGAGCCCGGACAGAGAAACAAUAGUUAAGCUGGACGGUACAUUUGCUGAGCACUUGCAUGGAAGGUACAAAAACAGCAACUACGAAACUGUACGCGCUUUGGUUAGACGCUCUUAGAAUAUUGCUGAACCGUUUCGCCUAUUGUAUUGCCAACUGAGAAAUAUACAAUUUGAGAAAUUUAUGAAAUUCGAAUGCGGACUGGUGUCUUUUAAAUGAAGCAGGCUCAAAUUGAAUGCAUGUUUUUCUCAAGCCUUCGUCUAGAAUGGCAACAAAAACAGGAUGCUGUGAUGAAUUCAGUCGACGAUUUCUCGUUGGAUAGAAAUGAUGAUGCUUGUCUACGUGUGAAAUACAGCAAACAUAAAAUUGGAUACAAAAUGCUGCUCUUGUGGAUAUUCGGCAUCAUAAUUGCCUUGUCAACGGUGAAGGGAGAAGAGGACUUUGAACUGAAACUAGAUGGAAAUCAGAAACUGCAAUUAGAACUGGCUGGAAGUCAAAUAAAAGGAAACAAGGAUUUCACAUUCACUUUGCUUUUUAAAACCAUUCAUCCUUCAGGAGUACUUUUGUGGGCUUUUGGCAAAAGUGGGGACAACUUGCUGAUCGAAAUGAUUCGAGGAAAACUGAGAAUCGUUCUGGGAACUAAGCAGAACUUCACUGCAUCAAGCUAUGAAGAUAUCCUGUUAGAAGACAAUCUCUGUGACAACCAAUGGCAUCAAGUGAACUUAAAGAUUCUCCAAGACACAACAUACGCCAAAGUGGACAUAGGAGAGCCAUUCAUCGCAAAGACCAAAUUCAGGUACAACUUUGAUGAAAAAGUUGUCAUCGGUGGACUGCUAGAACAGCAAACGCUUCUGCCAGUGGCAUCAAAGAGAAACUACGCGGGCUGUUUGAAUUACGUCGUCUUGAACGAGAUGGAUAUUCUUCAGAGCCUGCACAAGCAAAACAGACAGCUAGUGUGGCACUGCCAGGGCAGCAAGAAUUUUGACAUCAUAAACUUUCAUAAGAAAGACUCAUAUGUGGAUUGGACAAAUCCUUUAGCUGCCUCCGUGGAUAUAGGAUUAUUGUUCAGAACCUAUUACCAGGACGGUGUUUUGAUCACAAACGAGAUCUCUAAUCAGCCGACUGUUAAACAUGCUUCUGAAAAUAUAAUGGGAUUUACACUCUAUUUUGAAAAAAACGUGGUUAAGCUACGAGUACAGGGCUCAACUGUUAUCUCAAUACGACCGAAAGAAGAUAUAGAUUUUGGAUCAUGGCAUGAAAUCAAGUUACACAUCAAGAAAGACCUCGCUUCACUAACAGUUGGGUCAGUCUCCAGGGUCAACGUUUUGAAAAGGAACACUAACUCGAAUCUCGGCAAAUCAUUGGUGUUUGGAAAACAAGCACGUGUCACGAGAGCUUUUCACGGCUGGAUGUGGAACAUUACUUUGAAUAAUCAAAAGUUUACGUACUUAAACGCUUCAAAACUUAGCGGCGUUAGCAUCGGAAUUUCUCAAAUGAAAGAUUAUUGUUAUCCAAAUCCGUGUCAAAAUGGAGCAAGGUGCAUGCAGACUCAUAAUGGAUCGCAUUGCAAUUGCUCAGAAACUGGAUAUGAUGGUCCAACUUGUUCAACGCGUAGCAAAAAGUACAAGAGAUCCUGUGAAGAGUACUUCAGGAGCGGAAAGCACCAGAACGGGCUGUACGUGAUCAUGCCGGGCAAAAAGCUCUUCACUGUCUUCUGCAAGAUGGAUGACCCUAAAGGACCAGUCACGGUGGUACGACCUAGACAAGGGACACAGCUCAGGGCAAUUUACGAGACCGGAAGUUCCGACACAGACUAUUAUUAUCACGAAAUAAAGUACAGUAUAAGAAGGAGAGAGAUUGAUGAAAUCAUUUCAUCUAGUGGGAAUUGUCGACAAUACAUAGAGUUUUCUUGCUCGUCAUCAACGUUGAUGUUUUCGAAUGACAAAGAAAAUGCCAUAGCAAACAGAUACGGUGCAAGAUGGUAUUCCAAAGAGGGUAAAAUACAGAAUUACUGGGGUGGUGGCACAAAGGAUGGCUACAACUGUGCUUGUGGCGUUGCAGGGAACUGCGCUGAUCACAAAUUAAAAUGCAACUGCGAUAGCAUGGAUACGGAAUGGAGAUCUGAUGGUGGAUAUUUACUUGACAAAGGGGACCUUCCUGUUUCAAGAGUUCAGUUCAGCAAAAAGUACACUAAUCCUUCAGCUAUGUUCAGGCUAGGUUCACUUGAAUGUUACGGCGAGGAGGCAAAAACUACCAAGAAACCAAAAAGCACACUUGCUUCUGUUUUAGCAAGUAGCUCGUCACCUGCGAUUGUUUCAGCAACUACAACGCAAACUCAGACACACACUAAAGAUCAUACUACCCGAAAACUCUUGCUUAUUGGUAAAACAUCUAGUACAAUAAGAAGUACAAAACCAACAUCGGCUACAAAAACCAGGACUUUUGCUUCGCCGACGACAGCAACAGAUCGUAUAUCUUUCCAGGCGAAAACAAAUGAAGCAUCGCGUCGUAACAUUUCACUAAACGCAAGCACAAUUAGUGCACUGUCUGUUGUUAUCAGCAAGACCAGGCUUGGAGGUCUCAUCAAGAGCACUAGCAGGAGUUUGCUGAUAGACAGACCUGCAGAAGAGCCAGAAAAUUCCUUGAGCAAUAAACAAACUUAUAUUAUGAUAGCUUUGAUAUCGAGCUUGACUCUGCUCACCAUACUUUUGAUCUUUGCUGUUAUACGCCAGCGACUAUUCAGGUCUAACAAAAAGUUGACAAUUGAAUUGAAGCAAGACCCAGAGUGUGGUAGCACUUACUCGGUGAAGCCACCAAGCAACGGCAGCUUGUCACCGUCCAGUGACAGUAGGCAAUACCAAUCGUCUUCAGAUGUGAACAAAAUCGAGAUUAUUAAAGUGCCAAGCCCUUUCAGAAAACCAAUGGUCUCUGAAUCUGAGGGCUCUGUCAGCUCGUUUGAAACAUCACGAUACCUCGAGGUGGGAGAUGAGAGCGACAGUGGAAGCACGUCGAGCUAUGCAAAACCUAAAGGCAUACUUAAGAGCAAGAGACAGUUUGUUAUGGGCUCGAGGCCGAGAUCCGAGGGUGAUCAGUUCGAGGCUGAUGAUCCGGGUGAAAUUAUUGGUUUAAUUCACAUACGGAAUUCAAAAGAGGAACAUAUGAGAAAUGGUGAACAAACAUCACUUUUAAGUGACAGUAAAAGUGACUCGAAUUAUUUACAGUUCCAUUUGCAUCCAAAAAACUUAAAUAAAAUACGACAGGCAAGAAGUAAUAGUAGCAGAUUAUCACAAAGUGACAGAGAGAGCGUUGAUGCAGAUGCGGGAUUUAUAACUGAUUCUUCGUCAUCUUGUGAUUCAAGAAAAAGCCUUUCGAGCUACGGUAGCGAAGAAAGUAGCGAUGAAAACUAUUCGAAAAAGAAUUUUAGGCCUAAGAGAAGCGUGAGGUUUUCAAUUCAAGAACUCGCACCUUCAACCCCAAUUAAAACUGAAGAUGUUUACAUAAACUGCAAUGAAGGCGACGAUGAGGUUUUCACAUAGGCCGUGCAGAUAGAUAACUCAACGAAUCUGGCACUAGUGUCAGCUCUGACGUCACCAACUCGAAUUCUGAGCGAUGGAAGAUACGUUGCUGGUGUUAUAACAUCCAGGAUCAUCUGAUGUCAUGAAUUAAAUCUAUAGUCGGUGCAAACUAGGAAUUCACAGUACUUGCGGAUUGAAGAACAAGAGAAUGCUCAAGUAUCUCAAGCUACCGAUUAGCAUCCAGGUUUCAGAAGACGAUAGGAUUCAGUAUUACUGGGAGAUUUCCUUUGAGCACAGAAGGGGCAAUCAAGAACAGAUUGAAUAAACAAUGUAUCGUAUAAUCACCGACUGAUAAUUUCCUUGCGAUCAUCCUUGAUUGUAUAUACUUCCUAAAUAGUUAAUGCUUAUUUGACAAUGGAAACUGCAGCCAGAAAUUUCAACUGACACGAGCGCUAUUCGUCGGAUAUGUGUGCAGGAUUACCGAUCUAAUACUACCAAGGUACUUGUCUUGUCUCUAAGCUGUAAAUGCGAAUUUAAAACCGCUCUUUAGAAUAAUCUCCGUAAUAUAAGGGCUUUAUUUCUCAGCAGCUCAUUAAGCCUACAAAGCACCAUUCUAAACUUACAAAAAGACAGCAGGUUUGGACUUAUAGAAAAAAGAAACUCGCCCACGAAUUAACAACUGCUAAUUUCCCUCUCUGAGAACAUUCCCUGUUUCAAAGCGCACAUCGCUCAAAUUGGAUAUCAAACGGUUAUUGGAUCAGCAGUGAUCAGAAAUGGUCUUCUUAACACUGCAUGAAGACUUGAUACCGAUACUCGUCUUGUUUUAAUAGAGCUUCACUGUUGGUUUUAAGCCUUAAUUGAAAAGACAAGCAAAUGUAGCCUGAAUGGUACCUGUAGCUCAUAAAAAAAGAGAUAUGAGUAACUCAUUACCUUACAUAUGAGGUGUGCUGGUUUGUUGAAGAUUCUGUUAAAGACUUAGCGCUUUCUGAUGUGUUUUUAACUUCAAGUGAUGGAUUGUAAAGUAAAUAUGGUAGUAAUAUGAUAUAUUGAUAAUAACAAUGGAUUGGAAAGUAGAUCGUAGAUAAUUAUUCAGUGCUAGUCCGUUCCCUGGGUUACCAACAAAGAAACAUCUUAUUAUGCACUUUUUUGAGGUCAAGUCCAGGAUUUGUCAAGCAUAAUGGUUUGGCAGUGCAUCACAUAUCAACCCAUGUCAUGCAUGUGCCAUUAACAUCAUCCGGAAACUGUAAUCAUUUCCUCCAAAAGAAACAAAACCAUGGCAAGAUUCACUACCUUAUUAAGAAUUAAAAGGUCGUUUUUGUAUUGUUGUUUUAACUGUUAGAAGUCCUUAAGGGCCCUACAUAAAGAUUACUAUACUUUGAAAGGCUUUGCAUAACUUAAAACCAAUACAUUGAGAAAUUGAGGGGUCGAGGAAGCAGAAGUUCCCAUGAACCAUGUUUUUCUUCAAAACUGCAAAAUCGUGAAGGUUUUAUCAUAAACGGGUGGUAAAAUUAAAGCCCCUCUUCCCAUCGAGCCAAGCAGUGCUUGUUUCCUACAAAGAGGCCUUUGCAUUUUUUCCUUCAAGAAGACAUCUACAAUUAAAACAUGCUUUUCUUGGAAACAAAAAAGCUUCAGAGGAGAUCACAAGAGUAAAAAACGAACAAUAGUUGAGAUAAACCCAAAAUCCAGAUAUUUUGACCAAAGAUGGCUGUGUAAGCUCCAAAAACAUAAUUUUAGAAUUGACAUGGUCUGCAGACAAUUCUGCUAAUUGCCUUUUUUAAUUUAUUUAAUUUGUGUUGUAAUUUAUUUCAUAUAGAAUACGCAUUGGAUGAACGCAAGUAAACUUGAUUCUAUCAAACAAAUGUAAAUUAUUGUAUUUUAGGUGAAUAUAUUUAUCAAAAGGUUUAUAUUAUAUAGAAAGACAGAAUCAUUAUUGUAGCCCCUUGUAAGUACGUGUAUCAUGCACACAUUAUACAUAAGAAGGGUAACGUUGGUUUUUCUAUGAGCCGUCUUCCUAAUAUAUGACAGCUUUUUAAAAUCCCUCCGUCGUAGAUUUAUUGAUGUUUCAGAACAAAAAUGAUUUGUUGAUAAAAAAGGUUUAAAAUAAAGAGAAUUUAACUCAAGAGAAAAAUGUCUGAUUUAUGGCGAGUGCAUUUUUACGUAUAGCCGUUGUUAUCAAUGAUUUUUGCAAAGCUUCUACCGAGUAAAAUUUCCGCGAAGCUAGGCUAGCUGAACAUUAUUUUGUUCUAACGAGGGUACAUAAACAGGGCCUUAUAAAAGAUUUACACUCUAUUCAUUUAAUACAAUUACUAUAUUAUUAACUACAAGAAAUACGUGGUUAAGUAUGAGAUUUGCUGACCAAUUUUAAAUUUGAUCAGCAAUUUUCAUACAAAACUCAUUUAAUCUUAUGGGGAAUUUAAAAUCAAGUUUAGCUAUGAAGCUGGACCUCAUAUGACCAGUAUUUGAUAAGAUUAAUGUCUAGACCAAUUUUCUUUCAAUUGAGUGAGGUUAUCCGGUACUUAAAGACGAAUAUAAGUAGAUUACAAAAAAACGCGGAUCUGUAGACCAGGAAUAUAUUUGUAGUCAAUGUUGUAAGCUACAUAGUUGCUUUUUUUUCAAUCUAUCUCGCUAAAGUGGUUGAAAUGUGACCGGCUGUUUGGAUCCACGAUCGUCUGUUUCAUAUCACUAUUUUUGUAUCCUACUCUUUCUCAAUAUGGAUUUACAAAUUAAAAUGCUUAUUCAAAGUCUGAUUGGAUUAAAGAUUGAGAUAAAUUUUCUUAAUUUCAAUCAAAUCUUUAAUUGCUUUUGAAUUUAUUCCACAGAAACGGAAAUUCUUAACACUUGCUCUUAGCUUGUUUUGAUAAUUUCAUGACACGAGAGACAUCAAGGGCCAAUUUCAUAAAACAUUCACAUUCAGAAUGACAAAUUGCUACAUACGUCUCUUUUGACUAUUAUGAAGGCGAAUAGAUUAUGAGCAGGAAUUUUCGUACCUUUACAAAUUGAUUUUUUUAAGCAAUAGAAGCCCGGAGAUGGAUUUGGCAAUCUACAUGGUACCUGGUAACGCUGUCGGCCAGCAUAUUCUCACUAAAACAAUUAAAACUAAAAAUAAAAUGAUUAAGAAAUAGGACUCACCAGUACCAAUCAAAAACUAUUGUCAUCUUCAGAUGUAAACUGAAAAAUCAGCUAGGAUUGCAUUCUUUUCCGCUCAGAUCUUACAGUAAACGGACGGCGAUGCCAGCAACGAUUCAUUGUCAACUUCUGUCAAUAUUCGAAAAUGGUUCGCAUUAAAGAUCUGCUGACGUGACCAAUUAAGAAAGCGCCAUUUCUAUAAUGAAAACGAGACUCACUGUAAAAAACCUCUUUAAGCAAAAGCAACGGGACAACGUCCUUGAUUGUUGCUUGGGUGUUUGUUUAAUCGUAAUAGGAUUUGCUAGUUAAGCCAGUGACUUUAUAAUUC